AUGCCUGAUAUUCCAUCUGUCGAUUUGAGCUUCGAAGCACUCAUGUCCGGACUCGGGCCCCAGUCUGAAUACAUAAAACAUACCAAAUAUACAAGUCGUAUUAUUGGCUUGUUACGAUUGAUAAGGGAUCUCAAAGAUGUCCCGGACAGCUUGUACUAUGAAGCUCGUCGCAGUUGUCAUGAUGGUGUCGAGGAGCUAAGGGAGGAAAUCUUGCGCGACGAAUACUCCUUGAACCGCGAAAAAAACCAAGAUUGGGAAAUAAAGUCGGGACAAGCUGGAGCUCCUCUGAACGGAAGAGACCAUCAAAUCAUUAAGAACCUUCUGGAGGGUGCUGUGCAAAAGAAAUCCGAGAAAUUUGAAGGUGUGGGAAUGAUCAGAAUGUGGAGUUUGUUCACAGAUAGAGCAUAUCUGGAUAUAUUGAUCAAGCGCUUAAAGCCAGGCCAUGGUAUGCAGGCAUACAGGAUCAAACCAGUCAUAAAUAAGUACUACAGAGGCGUUGCUCCCGAUCGAGGUUCUUGUCGAUCCUAG